AUGGCUUCGAGUUCCGUUCCCUUCAGGGUCGGUGCGCUUGCCGAGCUGCUUGUUGACGACUAUGCCAGACUCGGCUUCGCACGUGGGUCGCACGUCAAGGUCCUGGAGAUAGUCCAUGGCGGCCCCAUAGAAGGCGGGUGUCUUAUCAAAUUCGUCCUUGGCGCCAGCGGCAUUGUCUGCUACCAGGAAAAGGACGGCCUGCGGGCCCUGCCAGCACGCCCUGCGGCGGUCCCGGACCCACCACUGGCGCAGCCGGUGUCAGAACCACCCCAGCCAGAGGAGCCGCUUCUGUACUUCCUGCGUGACCCGUCUCGCCUCAUCUGCCUCCGACUCGUGAGUUCGUCGGAGCUGGGGCGGCUCGCUUCCAACGUGGUGGAUGCGAUGCUGUCGAUAGUUCGCUUGAGCCGAAAGGAUAUCAUGCGGGUUGACACCUACCAGGAUGAAUGCCCCAUUCUUGAGCAGCUCCACUCCAAGGGCAUAUGGCAAUCGGAGACCUUCUCCGCAGUCGCCUCGAUUAAGUGCUUCGACGGCAGCAUGCUGAGUGCCGUGGGGCUCGGGUCGAACCUUAAGACAAGAGACAGGGCGGUGCACCUCUCCUUGGCGACAGCGCUGACCCUCGAGCUUCUGAAGGGCUGCCCUGCGGACUUGUUGGCGUCUACGCACCAGGUAAUGGACGAUUUUCCGGUGCUAGGUGCCCUGGUGAAGGAGGCCCGACAGAUCAAAGAGCGCGCCGAUGAAGAGCGGCCUCCGCCGCCUCCGCCGCCUGCGCCGACUCCACUGCCUCCGACUCCCACGCACGAGGAGUGUUAUGAUUUCGCCAGGCAGUUCAUGGUCUUCCACGAGAACCCGAACCUCUGGUUUAGCGUGGGCCGCAUCGGUGGCGAGAACGUCUGA